AACACCUAAAACAGUUAUUCAAUCGUGUUGAAACUUCGCAUGUUUUUGUUUGGUUUAUCGAGAUGAGGAUCUUCAGUUUGGAACGAUGCUCGUUUGGCUCGAUCAAAUGUUCAUCUCAUUCAAUUCUUAGAUGCCUUAAUCUGCUACUUUGCAUUUCCUUGCCUCGAUAAGCUAUCCCAGAAACCUAACAUUCCUGUUGACAGUUGUUAAUGGUGCUUCAAAGAUUUAGUGCUUGGUAAGUUUGAGGCUCAACCCGCUAGUGUUCUGCUUGCUUUGUGAUGACAUAUUCACCAGGAAGUCAUGCCGUCCCUGUUCCACUGAGGAAUAUAAAAAUUGAAUGUUGCUUAUGUUUGCUCAUGAUUCUGUAGAUCUUCGAUUUGACACAUAAAUACUUGAAGUAUUGUCAUGUGAGAUCAUCUCUGAUUAUUUUUGUAUCGCUUAUGAUGCAGGUUAUGAUGGACCGAGCAACCAAGCUUGUGAUGUUUCUCUUGGAUGAAAUGUGUUUUGAAUUCCAUACGUAGAACACAAUGAAAGUUGUUGAAUCAAUUUUGGACUGAGAUGCAAUUAAAGCAUGUAUUUCAUAUUCUGUAUGCAUCAUUUGAUUGGUAUUGGACAGCUAUGGCAAUGGAGUCAUACAUUGUUCUCUUGGAAAUUUUGAAUCCUUUGAUGUCAGUCAAUCCUCUAAUGGUAAAGUAAUACUUGGUCAAAUUGUGUCAUACUAUCCAUAUUACGCGUAAUGAAAUUAUGGGAGUCACGGCAAGGUUGAAAAAUGGAGACCGAAGGCACAAAAACGUUUUGUCCUUAACUGUUUGUCUAAGAGGGAGGUAUAGGAUCUUAAGUAAAAAACCUUAAGGUGAAGAAUACUUCCGGUCUUUAAAUUGGCGGAAUAGCAGAGAUAUAGAUUUGGUUUUGGAUUUCCUUGCUCUCAAUGAAUAUUUUGGUUGGUGAUAUUGUUUAAAAAUGAUUAAGUCUCUAACUUCCACUGGUAUGAUUUAAGUUUUUGGCUGAGAUUUUAUCUAAUAAUUUGGUUGAUUAGCGGUAAGAUUAGACUCUUUCUACUUUUUCGUGAUUGUAUCAUCACUAAGGGUUUGAAUAGGUGUUCAUAUUUGGAUGAUUUGGUGACAACUUCAACUUUCUUUGCCAAAGUGGUGGACUGUCAGUUUUGUUGCAAGCGUAACGGGUUUCCUUUUGCCAAUAUUUUGUUUUCUUUUUAUCAGCAAGGGAUGUUUUCUCUUUUUUGAGUUAUUUGUGCUUUGUGUAGCAUUAUUUCAUUUGAUUUUCUGCAUGCAAUAGGCUAUUUGGAUUAAGAACUUUUUGUAAAUGAAUUGUAUGUGAGAGAGUUUCAGAUGGUAAAGGAAAAUGAUUGUUUUUUUCUAGAAUGCAAAGGAAAAUUAUCCCAGGUUUUUCUAGCACACCAACUAGAGAAUACAGUUCGACCAAAAAAAAACAAAACUGGAGAAUACAGUUAUUGUGAAUAUGAAUUGACAUCCCUAUUAGCUUUACUUAUGUGGUCUUUGCUUUAGACUACGCCUCUAGUAAUAUGUUAAAUGAUUAAGAGUCUGGAUUAUUUUGUUAAGGAAAGUCAGUGGGGCAGAAUACAAUCUUAUAUGGAUCCACGUAAUAAGCAAUAUAGAGGUUUUCUCAGAUGACCCGAGACCAACUAAUUUCCUGUCCUGCUGAAUCAUUAGCCUGCACACCUAGAAAAUUAUCUUUUGUGUAUGAAAGCUAGUGAUCUGCUUUACCUCACUUUACUACUCCUCAGACUUCCCUUAGAUGGUAAUUGAAAGCAGGGUCAAACCUCAUGACUGAACUUUUAAAAUAGCUUAAAAGGUGAUAAAUUUCUUACCAAAGAAGUAAAACUCUUUAUCCAAUCAAUUGAUUGUUUGCCAUACGUGGUAAUCCCACUUUGCUAAGAUGUGUUUUUCUUUCCCUUGCCAAAAGAGGUGCAAGGAAACAUCAUGUGGAUCCUCUUGAAUGGUAAGUAAUUGAAGCCAUCGAAGUUUGAAUUGGCUUUUCCCUACAAACUCCUUAAUUGAGGAGAAAAUACCCAAACCUCAUCAAGAGUUUUGAGAGCUCUUUUAAGAUUAUUUAAUGUUCUUUUUUUCCCCUGUCAAGGUUAUCUAAAUGUAUUGUAUAACUCGAGCAUGACAGAAUUUCGGCAUAUCCAGGAUAUAAAUUCUGGAGCAGAUUUUCAUUUAACACCAGUAUUUAAGUCCCUUCCAAGCUGCAAAAACAAAUCACAGAUCUGUCACUUCAACACGAGUAUUUAAAUCCCUUUCCAGCUGCAAAGGGAGUGUAUGGAGUGUUCAUGAUUCAUCCACUGAUGAAUUUCAAAAUCGCCAGUUUUGGGAGGGAAAGAAUUGUCUUGCUGAAAAAUCAUCCUAGCGUGAAAUGCAUGAAUAGGAGGGGGUUACACUUGUUUUAGUUGAAGGCACAUGGCAUAUAUGCAGCCAAGACCUCUCCAUUGUCAUAAAUGCAAGUCGUCUUUUGUGGAAAGACAAUUAUUUCUCAUUAGCAGUUAAACAUUUACCUAUACCGUCCACCACCAUGGUUAAGUACAUAUCUUUUCUUGAGUUGUCUGUGCUGCCAUAGGUACUUUUGGAGAGAAGUUUUUUUUUCUUUUUUCCCCCUAUUUCCUUGAACAGGUGUUUCUUGAAGCCUGAAUCAUCUGCUGCCGUCAAGAGAUAGCCAUCCUUAAUGCCUUGAUCAAGAACAGUUUUCCCUAAAACAGAACUUUGGCAAAAUUCAAAAGCGAAGCUAGAACCAAUAUGGUAAAACAAGGGCCCUGCUACCAUUGUGGUGUUCGAGAAACUCCUCUUUGGAGACAUGGUCCAACGGAGAAACCAGUGUUAUGCAAUGCCUGUGGAUCGAGGUGGAGGCUAAAGGGAUCACUUGAUGAUUAUGUUCCCAAGCGCUACCGUGCAGUUGUUAGAAAACGUAGAUUCCAAAAUAUCAGAGAUGUCCAUGAAGAGGAGAGGAUCGUGCAUACUGGAGAGGUCGCAUUAGGUGAUCUCAACCUUACUGAAUCAUUUGCUUCCAAUAAGAAUAAAUCCAGUCCUGAGUCAAUAACAUCUGAAUUCCAUCAACUCAUCAAGUUGAAAGCUGUUGCUGCAAGCAAAUAUUCAGACAUGCUAGACGUCAAUCAAGUUCCGCCAGUAAAGAGCAGCUUCACACACAUCGAAAGUCUUCAAAAGGAACUUUAUGAAAUGUAUAUUGAUCAACAAUGUGCUUCCACCGUUGCAGCUUCAGAGCUCAUCUAUGAUAAUCUUAAUCGUGGCCUAAAACUUGACAAUGAGAUAGGGCUAGGAGUUGUGAUGCUUAACGCACCAAUAGUUGCCAAGGUGGAAAAAUCUGGAUCAUCUCCUUUUUUGUGGAAAAAGAAUGUUUUAGCCUUACCUGCCGAAGCCAAAGGAGAAGUCUUCUUAAAAUUGAACAGCAUAGAUAGCAGUCAGGGUGUUGCUACUCCACAAGCACCAGCAGAUCCAAAGUGUACAUUUCAGGAGAGGUAUAAAUCUGUUGGGGAAGUAUCUCUACUCCGUUCACCUUUUGCGCUUGGAGGAGACUUGCCACGACGUGUCCGUACAGCUGGUAUAAAGUCUUUUGUCAAUAUCUGUUGGAAACUAAUUUAUAUUAGAUGAAGACAUAUGCAUGAACCUGGCAACUAACUCCAUGUAACCAUUCUUAAAUUGUUAUUGUUUUCCCAAAGCAAAAUUCCUGACAUUGCUAAACUGACAGCACGAACCUGAUUCAUACAGAUAAAUGUGCUGAAUGACGUGGAAUGAAUUUCAUUGGUUUUAAGUGUUUCACCUUUCCUUUACAGUUGCAGGAUUGCAUUUUUUGGAUAAUGCAUGUAAAAGAUCUGUUUUCGUUUUUCAACAUCUGAUGUAGGUCUAGUGGUUAUUCAUAUGGGAAUACAGUCAACUUGAGUUUGAUCAGAUCAUCAGGCCAAGCAAAAGUGACUUCGGAUGAUCCCUCUUACAGGACUUUGGUUAGUGUGGAGGGAAAGGGACAACAGGGUAUUUGAGGAUCAAAUAUCCUUUGUUGAGCUUGGUAUCUUAGUAACAUUGUCCAGUAGAUGAUCUUUGUAUAGGGGUCAGUCCCUCGAAUGAGAUUUUGUUUUUACAGAUGAAAAAAGGUUUAUUGAGUUCAAUAGAAACUAUAUUUUAUUUAGGAGGCUUGAAAUUUGGCUUAACACCAGGCAAAGAUAAGAAAAUUAGACUAUUAGAAUCGUCUUAAGGUAAUUGAAAUACCAAAUUGCAUAUAUGUGGCUGAUUGCUUCUUGGACGGGUCUAGGAUUUAUCUUACUCCAUGGCCUGGAUUGGAAUAUUGAUUACAGCUUUUAUUUUAUUUUUUUUAUUUUUAUUUUUUUUGUGAUAACUGGUUACAGCAUGUUAACAUCUGGCUUGUGAUUCCCUGCUAAUACAAGAAGUUAAAACAAUUUUUUGGGCAGACAAGAAGUUUAACUUUCAGACCUGAGCAGGUCUAUAAAAGGCUCAAGGGGAGACCCCCCACAGGAGGGAGAACCUCCCAGGGGUGAGAGUCCCCAUGUGGGGUCCCCGUAUCCCGCCUCUCAGGGGAGAAAUAAUACUGAGAGGAGCAAGGGGACCAUAGCUGCUGGGAUAACAGCAGGUCCGAAAGGACGGUGGUUUGGAUCCUAACCUCCUUAAAUGGAGAGGGUACCCAAGGAUCAUGUGGUGGUUUGCCGCAAGCAAACCCGGGACUCUAGCUGGCUUAAAACAAUUUUUUGGGCAGACAAGAAGUUUAACUUUAUCGUAUGUUUCUCAGGCCGUCAUCGGCGGAAGACCAAGGAUAAGGAAUCAAUCGGCAAACCAGCACCUGGCUCUUCCUCAAUCGAUGGUGACGUCAGCUGUACUGAAAUUGGGAAGGAGUCCAUGCCAUUGAAGGAUAAAAUGGCUUGCGUAUGCUGUUGCAGCUCAUCCAGGCCAUUUAACUAAUGAUAGUUCUCUGAAAUUGGUGCCCAUUUCCAUUGAACCUUCUUAUAUUUUGGGAUUGUUAGCUGGCCCAGCUUAUGUUUCUCCCAUCAAGUGCAACUUGAAACCCAGUUUUUAUAUUGUAGGUAGUGUCUCGUUGAAUGCAUGAUGGCACAUGCCUCUCUUUCUUUACCCCCUCCCUUUUCCAGCUUUAUAAUGUAAGUUGCUGGAUGUGACUUUCGAAGAUUAAGAUAUUGCCAUUGGUAUCCCGUAAGAGAGACAGGGUUGAAUCCUGCCUUACUGAUGGUGGCUUUUCUUGGACAUCCGUAAUUUUCUCGAUAAUAACCAUUUACCUGUUAUGUGUCA